AUGGAGAGCUUAACCCUGACUGACUAUGAGCAGAAGUAUUACUCGGAUCUGUUUGUUUAUUGCGACACGGAUAAUACCAAAAAAGUGGCUUCAAAUGGCAGAGUUCUGGACCUGUUCCGGGCGGCCCAGCUCCCCAGUGAAGUUGUCCUGCAGAUCACGGAGCUGUGUGGAGCCACUCGUCUGGGACACUUCGGUAGGAGCCAGUUCUACAUCGCUCUGAAGCUGAUCGCCAUCGCACAGUCAGGCCUCCCCCUGCGGGUGGAGAGCCUCAACUCGGUAAAGGACCUGCCCUUGCCCCGGUUCGUGGUCAGCAAGAACGAGGCCGAGGCCCGACACGCCGCUCUGUACCAGGACUCCGAUGGCCAGGGCCCCUACCCCGUCACCGCCACGGUCAUACCAAGACCUCCAGGCAGGGGGCUCCAGAACAAGAAAGGACCCCCCACAACCACAACCACCAUGCCCGCUCACGAAGUGGUCCAACCUCACGGGCCGCCCGCCGUAGAGACACAGCCCGAGGCCACAUCCCCGGUGGUCUCCCCUCACCAGUCGCCCCCCACCUCGCCUCUGUCCUGGAGGAAGCACACGCGGCAGCACAGCGGCGGGAACGUGGUGGAGAGACAGCAGUCUGUGCCUCCAGCAGGAGCAGUGUGGACGCAGUUCAGAGAGACACAGUCAGUGGUGGUCUCGGGUCCGGUCCCUGCAGAUGGACUGUGGGCGGCUCACUCUCACUCUCCUCCACUUCCCUGUCAGGAGAGCUGGGUCAGUUUCACCGCUGACACGCCUCCCUCCAGCACCAUUCCUGCCGUUCACCCCUCCUCAGUCCAGGAAAGUACUACGAUACGCACAGUGGCCUCAGCAGCAAUGACCAAUGAAAUCCAACGACAGUCCAGUGCCUACGACGACCCCUGGAAGAUCACAGAGGAGCAGCGACAGUAUUACAUCAACCAGUUCAAAACCAUCCAGCCUGACCUCACCGGCUUCAUACCAGGUUCAGCAGCAAAAGAGUUCUUCACCAAAUCCAAGCUUCCAAUUUUAGAAUUGUCACACAUUUGGGAGCUGUCGGACUUUGAUAAAGACGGAGCGUUGACCUUGGACGAGUUCUGUGCGGCCUUCCAUCUGGUUGUGGCCAGAAAAAACGGUUACGAUCUCCCUGAGAAGCUUCCAGAAAGUCUGAUGCCAAAGCUGAUAGACCUGGAUGACUCAGCAGAGGUCCCAGAGGCCAGUGCAGACGUGGGCUUCUCUGCGUCUCCAGUCGAAGUGACUCCUAACAAGUCUCCAUCGAUGCCUUCUCUGAACCAGGCCUGGCCCGAGAUGAACCAGAGCAGCGAGCAGUGGGAGACGUUUAGCGAGCGCUCCUCCAGCUCACAAACUCUGACCCAAUUUGACUCUAAUAUUGCACCAGCUGACCCUGACACCGCCAUCGUUCACCCCGUCCCCAUCCGCAUGACGCCCAGCAAAAUCCACAUGCAGGAGAUGGAGCUGAAGAGGACGGGCAGCGACCACAACCACCCGGCCAGCCCACUCUUGGCCAAACCCCCAGAACUGAAUGAAGAAACCAAAUUAACAGCAUCUAUGAAGUUUGUAGCAUCCAACCCCGUGGGCGACGGUUACAGCAGCUCCGACUCCUUCACGUCCGACCAGGAGCCAAUCACACGGCAGAGGUCUCAGUCAGGUAACUCCCCCGAGGCCCUGAAGGUGGUGGCCCCUCCCCCUCCGCCGCCGCGGCCUCACGCCUCGCACUCGCGCUCCUCGUCUCUGGACAUGAACCGCACUUUCGCCGCUGUCACCGCCGCAGGACCACAGCCGGCCAACGCCACCGCUUUCCCCCCCGCCGUGCCUCCCAGACCCCUCCCCACUCAGUCCUCGGUGCCCCUCGCUGGUCACCGUGGCGAGGGAGACUCGGCGGGGCCGUCCCUCACCACCACGUCGCCGCUGCAGAUCCCGCAGCAGCCAAACUUUGCCGAUUUCAGCCAGUUUCAGGCCCUGGCGGCUUCGGAACAGCCGUCCAGUUUACCAGAGGCGGAUAAGCACGCGGAGCCCGGGCCGGUGGAGAAGACGUCAGAAGGAGCUGGUCCUCUGAGAACGGUCAAGAGCGAUGGUUCUGCAGAAGAGAGGCCCUCGAGCACUGGGAACUCAGCCAAAGGUGCGUCCGGCCCCAUAGCUCCGCCCCCAAAGCCGGUGCGCCGGAGGUUAAAGUCUGAAGACGAGCUCAGGCCAGAGGAUGAGCAGCACGUUCCUCAGAAGACCAACAUCAUCGCUGCUGUGUUAGCGUCGCAGCCGUCCAUCCCCCGGUCCGUUGGAAAGGACAAAAAAGCAAUCCAGGCAUCAAUCAGACGAAACAAGGAGACAAACACGGUGCUGGCGAGGCUCAACAGUGAACUACAACAACAGCUGAAGGACCUGCUGGAGGAGAGGAUAUCCCUGGAGGCCGAAGACCCGCUGGAGGCCGAACACCUGCUGGAGGCCGCUAAACUCCCCGUGGGUCCCCCCUACACAUCCGUCCCUGCUGCCCUCUCCAUCGGACCCAAUCACGACGGGGGAGAAUCUCGCUUUGGGGGGGGGGUCACAAACAAGACUGGCACUUUCUGGAAUGGGGAAGUGAAGGAAAUGAAGUCCCCAUCGAAUAAUGAACCGGUUACUUUAAAGCCCGAGAUAAAGACAGCGGCUAUAAAUCAAUACAACAUCACACCGAGCACUGUCAGAGGAAUUUAG